AUGCCAAUCAAAUCCAAACUUCAUCAACAACUCAACAGAGGUCGGUCUUGUGAAGAGCAUUCGUGAAUUCUGGAAUAUUGUUGCUUGUUAAAAGUUUAGGUGAUGCAAAGACAUUCGGCACUGUUCAGGAAUGUGACUGUUUCAUUGACAAUUGUUUUGAAUAAUGUCAAUUUAACGCAUUGAUAUUGCCCUUGGUGGCUAGCAUUAGCCAGUUAGCUAGCGUCUUUACGUCUGAGAGACUGGAGCGUGCUGCUGGUGAAGAGAAAAGGGCAUCCUGGCUGACAACAAUCGGACUGUCUCGGGACUUCAAUUUUAAUUUGUUGCAACUAUGAAGUUAACGCAAUUUUUGCUAAAGAACAGCUCCAUACCUAAACAAGCACUAGUGGAUAGGUUUUCCAAGUUCUCACCUUCGCCGCUGUCAAUGAAACAAUUCAUAGACUUUGGCUCGGCCAAUGCCUGUGAAAAGACGUCCUUUGUGUUCCUGCGUCAGGAGCUUCCUGUCCGGCUGGCCAACAUCAUGAAGGAGAUCGACUUCCUCCCUGACAAGCUUCUCGGCACCCCAUCACUACAGCUGCUACAGAGCUGGUAUGCAACAAGUCUGAUGGAGCUUGUGGGCUUCCUGGAGAAAGAUGCUGAUGAUAAAACGAUCCUAAAGAAGUUCACUGAGACGCUGGUGAACGUCAGGAACCGUCACAACAACGUGGUCCCCACCAUGGCCCAGGGCGUAGUGGAGUACAAGGAGGCUUUCGGCUCUGACCCUGUGACCAAUCAGAACGUCCAAUACUUCCUGGAUCGCUUCUACAUGAGCCGUAUCUCCACCCGCAUGCUCAUGAACCAGCACUCUCUCAUCUUUGAUGGAAGUGCCAACCCCGCCCAUCCCAAGCACAUUGGCACCAUCGACCCCGACUGUGACGUGACAGAGGUGGUAAAAGAUGCCUUCGAUAGUUCCAAGAUGCUCUGUGAGCAGUACUACCUGACCUCGCCAGAGAUUGACAUCACACAAGUCAACGCCAAAGGUCCUGACCAGCCUCUUCGUAUUGUCUAUGUGCCUUCCCAUCUGUACCACAUGCUGUUUGAGCUCUUCAAGAACGCCAUGAGAGCAACAGUGGAGACUCAUGAAAUGGCCCUGCAUCUCCCGCCGGUCAAAGUUCGAGUCUCACUGGGCAGUGAAGACCUGACAAUAAAGAUAUCAGAUCGAGGAGGUGGUGUUCCCCUGAGGAAGAUAGAGCGUUUGUUCAGCUACAUGUACUCCACCGCCCCCAGCCCCGUCGAUAUCGACAACUCACGCAACGCUCCACUGGCUGGUUUUGGCUACGGUCUUCCCAUCUCCCGUCUCUAUGCCAAGUACUUCCAGGGAGACCUGCAGCUCUACUCCAUGGAGGGAUAUGGGACGUCAGCUGUCAUCUACCUGAAGGCCUUGUCCUCAGAUUCUGUGGAAAGACUUCCUGUUUACAACCAGUCAGCCAUAAGGCAUUAUCAGACGAGCAACGAGGCGGAUGACUGGUGCAUGCCCAGCAAGGAUCCCAAGAAGCUGGGGAAGUAUGAGAGGAGAAGUCAAGAGGUGUAACGGUACACGUGUUCGUACCAAACUGUUCGGUAGGGGGCCUCGGUUCAACCUGAAUGAAUACAUUUAAUAAAAUAUAUACAAAAUAAAAGGCCUAUAGGCAAUGCCUACGCUGCGUUGUUGGCCGGUGCCUCGAGUAAAUUUGAGCUGAAUUUGUUUUUUUAUGGCUAUUCUGUUAAAACAACUAGAGCCUAUGUGCACAUUGUAAUCUAAAUUCAAAUCUUAAUUGGCGCAUUUCAAACUGUCCUUUUGUGAGGCGCAUCCAGGAACUAGUUCUGUACGAUGGCGAGUGGUGGGGUGGAUAAACCAGGAGGAUCCUACAUCGUUUAAAUCUCCAGUUUGGGAACGUUUUGGCUUCCCAGUAGAUCACAACGGUGAUGGACAGAGAGUUGUGGAUAAGACGUUAACAGUAUGUCGCCACUGCCCAACGAGAAUAGGCUAUCCAGCUGCCAACACCUCAAAUAUGUUGACAUGCCGACGUCACAAGACGGAAACGGAAAAAACCAACCCAAAAUCACCCCUCUGCAUUCAAACAGCCCUUGGGAACUGGUUCUGACCGGCCAAAAAUGACAAGAGCAGUAGGUAGGCUGUGUUUAUAUUUUUUACAGUCUUUGGUUUAAAGCCGCGCCCAUUCUCAGUGGUUGAGAAUAGGGAAUUCCAGCACCUUGUAAAAGUGCUCGAGCCACGUUAUGAACUUCCCUCUUGCACCCAUUUCAGCAAACAGGUCAUACCCACUCUAUAUAAGCAGGCCACAGUUUUCUAGGAAUUGGCCAAUGCAUUCUGUGUUGCGAUUACUUAAUUGACAGUCCAUCACCUUACCCCGGAGUGGGAGACAUACCAUGCUACAGACACUCACCCUUUAUUAGAAAUCGCAAGUGUGCAUCUGGGACUAAAUGUAUGACUUCACAACCGGUAAAUUCCCACUUCCCACAUGGUUACAAAUGCAGCAUCAGUGUGAAAAUGUAAUUUUCCUGCUGUACCGAAACCAAACCGUGACCCCAAAACAUACCGAACAGUGGAUUUGGUGAACCGUUACACCCCUAGAAGUUAACCAAACAGACUGAGCUAGCAGGAAGAACAAAGCAGGAAGACAGAAAGGAGGAUCAACCUGACAGAAGGUACACAGUUGUACCCACAGCUAUUACUGUGUGUGAGAGAGAGAUGUGGAUUCCUCUCGCAAUGGAUAUUCUCAUACAUUCACUUGAAGUGGAAAAACACAUCACUGUCGGAGGCGUUUCAAUGGCAAUACCAGGAUCUCUAUUCAAUAAGCGACUUCAUGAAUGUUAGUUAGAAACAGGGUCGUACACUACUCACAAUCAUCUUUUCUUUUGGUUAUAAUUUAACCACACGUUUCAGUUAUUUAUUCCACUCACUUAUUUUAACGUUAUUACACAGUGUAAAAAGCUGAAUGUUUAACGAUAAUUUCAUUUAUCAAUCGACUGAAUUAGGUUAGUACAGCUUAUGUCAGUACUAUAAGCUGUGAUACUACAUUUUUAAAAUGUGAAUUUAGUUCUUAACUCUUCACUCACAGCUACGGUUUGCAGCUAGGACACUGAGCUCUAUAGACACAGACAGAUAGUGUGUCAGUCAGAAACAGAUAAGGCCAUGCUGUCAGUCAAUGGAUUUUCUUUGGUUACCCUUCUACUACAGAAUGUUCUGUGGUGGGGGUGGGGCGGUACACAGCGGCCUCCGACUCGUCUCUGAACAACAAAUAUUGUUUGGAGCACACUAUGUAGACUCUGUUUAGUUUCAGCUCUGAGCAUUUUACCCCUCACACAUAUUUGUCCACCUCGAACUUUAGACAAUGUUUUUGGUCCUAAAGGGAUUUAUUUGAGUUCCCCCAUCAAUUGUUUUUCUUGGUGCCAUUUUGAGUUACACCCUGGUUUGUAAGACAAGAUGAAAUCCAAGGUCCAUUCAAGGUUUCCUAUAAAGAAAGUAGAUAUUGAAGGGAUUGAAGUAUUCUAGUGUACUUAUUGAGUCCAACUGACUUAUAAAAUAUAAGUUAUGUGAAUAUUGAGAGAAAUGUUAGAAAUAAAGUUAACUCAAUUUUGUAGAUUUACUAAAAUUAUUUAAUUUUAGAGGCCGGCUAGGUCUUCCAUGCAUGAAGUAUUUAUUGAAUAAUGUGUGCCAGAGAGCAAAAUGAGAGUAUUAUCACAUUUCUGUGAUUAGGGACACAGUAAGACUGAGUUGAAUCAAAUGUUUGUCAUUCAAUUAAUGAAUUUCAUUCCCUGGUAUUCACUAAGAAAAGUCACUUAUUACUUUACCAAUAAGAACUUGCAUAAGACAAUAUGUACAGUUACUAACAUUUAACCCAAUAACGGCUAUGUACAGUGCCUUCAGACAGUACUCACACCCCUUGACUUUUUCCACAUUUGAUGUGUUAAAGUGGGUUUAAAAUGUAUUUAACCGUCAUUGUUUUGUCAACGAUCACAAAAUACUCUAAUAUCAAAGUAAAAUAAUAAAAAAUAUAUUUUAUUAGAUAAUUAUUCAACCCUGAGUCA